CCGUGCAUCCUUCUCUCCUCUCGUCUCAACUCUCACAGCUCUCCUGAUCUCCUCUCUUGAGCGUUUCUCCCACCAGGACUCUCUCUCUCUAUCUCUCUCUCCCUCUCCCUCUCUCUCUCUCUCUCUCUCUCUCUCUCUGUCUCUCGCUUUUCUUCCAGUGAGAGCUGAUAUCUCUGGCGGUUUGCCGCAUGGAAGUCGCCCAGGCAAGGCAGAAAAUCAUCUGUCUGAUCCGGACUCCUUCUCCUUCAGUUGCCGACCACUGCUGCGCGAGCAGACACAACAUCACUCUAACAUUUAACGGGAUUUCAACGGGAUAUAACGGUAUUUAUCCGCUGACCGACUGACAGGAGAGUCCUUAAUCCAGGCUUCAUUCCUGCAGUGGGGGUAAUAAUUCUUACUCAGAUGUAACACCAAAAAAAAAAAGGAAGACGGACCGGAUUGUCAAGUGCGCAAAAGCCGCAACUUGAAACAUUACGCACGGCUUCCUCUAGCUUAUUCCUUUACAUUUUAUAUUCCCUCCUCUCCCUGCACCGGCAAACCGGGGACCGGAGGUGGUGGUGGGGGGGACUUCCAGGCAUGGAGUCCCGAUUUUACCAAGCGACCCACCGGGAGGAAUGAAACUGAGAAAAUUCGUCGCGGUGGAAUAUUAAUAACCUAAUCCUAACGACAAUCCAGGGGAUGUUGCACCAGAGUUUGGGACUCUAGAGAGCAUUCCAACUUUUUCUUUUCGUCCCAAUUUUUAAUCCCUCUACUCCUCUUCUUCGCCAGUGGGACUUCUAUUUUCGUGACUGAUUUGCAGCACUUCACUUCUCCAUCAUGGACCGGUCGACAUCUUUGGAUAUAGAAGCGCUCAAGAUGACUCAGGAGCAGUACAUCCUUGCGGCGCAGCCAAACCCGCUCCACCAGCGGGGGGCGUCGGUGUGCGGCACCCAGGUCUACCCCGCGGUGGGGAUCUACGGCUGGAGGAAGAGAUGCUUGUACUUCUUCAUUCUCCUCCUCCUCGUCACCAUGAUCGUCAACCUGGCGCUGACCAUCUGGAUCCUCAAAGUCAUGAACUUCACUCCGGAUGGCAUGGGGAAACUGCGAGUGACAAAGGAGGGCGUCAGAUUGGAGGGCGUGUCUGAAUUCUUAUUGCCUUUAUACGUCAAAGAGAUCCAGUCUCGAAGGGACAGUCCACUGAUCCUCCAAUCAGACAGAAAUGUGACAGUAAAUGCUCGAAAUGACGAGGGACAGCUGACCGGUCAGCUCACCGUGGGUUCAGAAAUGGUGGAGGCCCAGUGUCAGAGGUUCGAGGUGAGAAGUACAGACGGAGAGAGGGUUCUGUUCUCAGCAGAUGAAGAGGAGAUCAGCAUCGGCACCGAGAAACUAAGAGUCACAGGGAACGAAGGCGUGGUGUUCAGCCAUUCUGUAGAGACGUCACAUGUACGGGCAGAACCGUUCCAGGACCUAAAGCUGGAGUCGCCGACUCGGACCCUGACCCUGGAGGCCCCCAGAGGGGUGGAGGUCAACGCUGGAGUGGGAGACUUCACAGCGUCCUGCAGGAAAGACCUCCUUUUACAGUCGUCAGAAGGAGAGAUCUUUCUAGAUGCCAACACCAUCAGACUGGGCAACAUUCCCCUGGGCAGUGCUGUUGACCCCCUGGAAGGGGCACCGGCAGGUACCACCUACACCAAACAGACUGUGUACGAGCUUUGUUCCUGCGCCAACGGCAAGCUUUACCUGUCCCCAGCUGAGAAAGGCUCAACCUGCCAAACAACCAGUAACUUUUGUCUCUGGAGCUGAGAGCGGGAGAGUGACAGACACCUGGGACGUACGGACCAUUAGAGUUUGAAGCUAAUGCUAGCCAACAGAAUGAAUCGACGUGGAUUAUGGCCUGUUGGAAAGCUUAUGCAAGCUAACAGACCCAGUCAUCGCGGAUUGCAGCAUGGGGAGAAGUUCAUGUCCGUUGUUCAAUCAAAUUUUAUUGGAUUAGAGGUUGGCCGAAAGCAAAUGCUUGCUAGCAGGCCAAAUGAACAUGAACUGUGGCUAGGUGUGAAGCUAAAGCUGGCCAAAGAAUUGACUCGUAAUGGACUAGAGCUCGAUGAGAACCUAUUGCGAGCUCACAGACCAAAUUAAUAUGGAUUGGUCAGGAGCUAACGCUAUUUGAAGAGAUGGAUGACUCAGCAGAAAGCAAAAGCUAACCAGGUUGGCUGGUUGUUUAAUGCUAUGACCCCUCAUGGACAUGGAUGGUCGUCUCAUUCUGGGGCUCUCACUGACUGUCUUUAAAUUGUUGAAUUGCUGCCAUGAUGGUUUUUGAAAGCCAUGUGGAAAAUAAUUGGGGGUUAUCUGGGAACAACAAACUCAUUUACAACAAUAGUGAGUUGUUUGUUAACUGUAUAACCAAAAUGUUUCAUGUAAUGUGUCUGCUUUUGUUGGGAAAUAAACAGAUACGAUAAUGGACUGCAAACACGCCAGCAGAGACGAGGACAUGGAGAAGUCAGCAAACAGAGCUCGUGUGGACCUUGGUUUAGCCCUAUGGGUAGCUUACAAGUAAAUCAGACAAUGGUUUAGUCUAGUGGGAAGCUAAGGCUAGCUAACGGACCAAUCUAUACCAGAAAGGCCUUCCCCCACCUCCCUCUCUAGUCUUUCAACCCAAAUACUGAUAUGUGACUCUUCCACAUUAAUCUGCACCUGAUAGUGAAAAUGCUCCCAAACCCCGUUUUCAUUGGAUGACAAAUGCAAAUAAUGGUGAUUUAACCUUACAUUCCUGGCUUUUCCCUCAUUUCUUUCCCCCAGUUUGUCACUUUUUACCUUUACUUUUCUGUGGUUUUUAUUUCCUUCAGAUCAAAUCUUAACUGCUUCCUGCUUAUCUCUUGGUAUCUUGGUCAUUUCACUUAUCUUUCUCAUAUUUCCCCGCUGCUGUUCUUUAUAGUUUCUCUGUGCUCUAGUUAUUUUGGUCUGUCUCUGCAGGAACAAGCACGAGUUAUUCCGACCACACACUUCUUCCAUUUGUAUGACUGGACAAAAAAUGUCCUUCUUCCACCAGACAAGUAAAACAUUUUCAAUCAAGGAGAGACUUAAUUAAGAGUUGAAUUUUUAUUUAACACAUUAGGAAAUGUCUUUUGCGAUUACACUCUGCCAUGAUGACUUCAUGCUUUCUGAGGGAUAGUGAGGGCAACAGCAGAAUAGGAUACCCCCUGAUGGAGUCUAGACGCUGCUGGUGGUGGUGAUACCCCCCUAUGGCGUCUAGACGCUGGUGGUGGUGGUGAUACCCCCCUGAUGGAGUCUAGACACUGGUGGUGGUGAUAGAAGACUACAGGAUGUGAUGAGGAGUGGGUUUCUAACGCUGUAUCUGAACUCUGCUGAUUCUGAAUGGAGGUCACCGGGGCGGAGGAGGGUCGCAGCGAUCACACUGAAAUGACAGACUGACUGUGGAAGAGAGAGAACAGGUUUUAUAAUGUGACAGCAGCAGGAUGAUUGGUUAAGAGAGGCCGUGACACAAUUAGGUUGGUGCAUUACCUAAACAGUAAACACCAAUAAUCAGCUGAUCAGCAGAGCAG